UUGUAUUACACCCGAAACAAGGAAAGUCAUGUGAUAAAUACUUUAUCCUUAAAAUAUGAAAACUGCAGGACAAUCGUUUUUGUCAACGCCUUUAAAUAAAUAUAUAUUAAAAGAAUGAGUUAAACUUAUAAAAAAUUCGCUCAAAUUAUUUGGGAAACAAAUAAUUAGUGCUCGGGAAUGGAUAUAACGUAUUUAUUGAGUGUCUUAUUCAUGGUGCAUACUGAAAUUAAACCAGGAAUAUCAUUAGUUCAGUUGAAUACCAACGGCGAUAUUACGGCGGUGCUGGGAAACAACACGUUUCAGCUGACGUGCACCAACAGUGGCUUGACAAGCGCAGCAACUCGAGGCUUUGCAAUGCUUUUGGUAAAAAAUGAAAGGUCUUUAGUGGUGAUUCCGCCUUUAUACACAGGAAAGAGUAUUAAGAUAAAUUACAGACGAAUUGCAGUUAAAAGAUUUAUGUUGGACAACCCUACAACUACUGUGACAUUUCAUUCUAUUGAGUGCAGUGAUGAUGGAACUUAUACGUGGGACGGGUCAUAUUAUGCCAUUGAAUCUGGACAAACGAGCAUAGCAACACGUCAAGCAAUAGUAGUAAAAGUUUAUCCAAUCUUUGGGCCAGAGGACUCGCAGCUUACUUAUUCACCAACCGCAAAUCUUACUGAGGGUGACAAGGUGAAAUUCACAUGUAGCGGUGAUGUCGGCAACAACCCAGUUGACAUCCUUGCUUGGUUCUACUACAGAAAUGGAGAAGUUGCACCGACUGAUGAAUCUUCUGACGCAGUUUUGACCGCCCCGCAGGUCACAAGGGUUUGUAGUAGAUCAAGGUCGUCUACAAUAGAACUAACACUGACAAGGGAUAUGGACAAUACGGUGGUACGUUGUACAGUACAGCAAGAUAUUAGGACAGCGGAAGGGGAAGGUCAUAUAGACACUAACGCGUUAUCUGUGACGUACAAACCAGUCAUCAGGUCAUUAAUAAGAUAUCCAGACAUGCAGCUGUAUCCAGAGAGACUAGAAGAAUUACAAUUGAGAUGUUAUGCCGAGGGAAACCCUCUGCCGGGCCACUUCUGGCUGUUCAAUAACUCAACCAGAGCUGGAUAUGGGUCACUUGUUCUGAACAAUUUAACAACGGCCCAAGAAGGGACAUAUACUUGCGUUGCUUACAACUAUAUAAAAGGAGUCAUAAACAACGUUAGUGCCAGCACUUAUAUAGCCAUACAGAAUGAUACAUCCAACAGUUUCAAUAGAACCAUAAUAGACGAUUUUAGAGAAAGUCCAACGAGUAAUUCUAAAACUUCGAGCAAAGAAAAUGAUGGUUCAAUGUCUGAAACUAAAUUAGACUACAUUGUGUGGAUGAUAGUUGGUGUAGUUGUCGGGGCGUUUGCGGUUGGGGCGGUCGGUUUUUCCGUAAUGCUUGUUAAACGAUGUUAUAAACGUCACAAAGAACAACAACAAUACAAAAAAACAGAACUCAUUGCCAGGUUUGAAGGGCACACAGAUUUCACUGGAGCUCAUAAUAAUGAACACGUUAAUUAUGCCGGAAAUGAGCGAAGUUAUCAGUCUUUACAUGGAAAGCACCAACAUGCUUGCCAAGCCAGAGCAACCGAAGAAGAUUACACCGGUUUAGACGCAAGCAGCCAAGUUCCAGAACAACAACGAAACACAAAUACAGACCUCAACACCAGUUCGGAAGGGUCCACAGCAUUCACUGGAAUUCACAACUAUGAAAACGUUAAUUUUACUCGGGAAUGAGCGACACUUUCAGUCUUCACCUCAUCUGUAAAGAGUUGUUCAGGGCUGGAUGUCACAGGCUUAUUGGUCUCAGGAAUUGAAACAUCAAAAAACAUUAAAACAUUAAAACUUAUCAGUCCUUAUAAUACUAUGAACGUUACGUGAAAGUGAUAUUCGCAGAAGUCAAGAUACCACCGUCUGCUCUACAUCAACAGAUGGUAGCGACGAACUCGGACUACAUUUAAAAAUGUGCAUACUAUUCACAUGUGCAACUCAGAUCUUCCGGCAUCAUACUAUUAACACUUUGAUAUACAAAAAAAAACACUUUUGAAUUGGAUUAAAUUACUUUGUUUGAUAUUUUUUUAUAGAAAUACAAUCUAACAAGUAAAUAUAAUAAAAUAUCUAAAUUCUAUAAUAUCUUUGAGGAAAACGCGUAUAUGUUAUUCAAUCGUACAAAUUAUUUCCACUAUGUUAUGACAAGAUGUGUUGAUGCACAUUUUUAAUUAUUUAAAUGAUGUAAAUGUUUUCCCAUUCAAUGAAUCUCUGAAUUGAAACCUUCGGAGGAGGGGGGAUGUAUGUGUCGGAUGCCAUUUCUUCUUAUUGGCAACGGACAGACCGUCUUUAAAUAUUAUUUUUUUUUCUACAACUUAUUAUAACUUUAAAACUUUCCCUAACAUGUGGUGGAUACACAUUGAUCCAUUCAGUGGUGCUUGAAAGAGUUUGCUUUUUUAAAAUGGAAGAAUCUUGAAAGUCUGUCAGUAUUCUGAGUUGGCAAACAAACUUGAUACAUCUUUUAUAUAUAACGAAUUAAAGAAACAUAACAACCACAAUUGAAUUCAUCCUACCUUUCAGGCAAUUGUAUCAUUUUUGCUUUAAAAGGAGACGAUACGAGAACACUCAAACAAAAGAAAAGAAAAAAGGAAUAUACUUUAAAUAUGAUAAUUUACAUGAAACAUAUGUGGAAUCCUUAAAUAAGGCAAAUGCUUAUCGUAUACAUUCAGAACGAUACAAAUAAGACGUUUUAAACGCUUAUCAUCGAUUUACAGCAGCUUUUCCCAAAAUUAUAUGCCGAUUUAAAAGACGUACUGAUGUGUUAGAAUAUAUGAGCAUAUGUGGGUGCAAACAAUGUUAACCAGAAUGUAAGUUGUGAAUCUGGGAUUUUAUGUUUUUCUUAUCCAAAAAGUGAAAAGUAAUGGCCCCAGGGCAUACAAUAUUGAUUCGCUCAUAACUCAAGAUCUCUUAAAAUUUACAGGAAUAUUAAGCAACAUGUAAAGUUGAGCACCUGGGUUAUAGCCGGUUACCUCUUGAGUAAGUGAGGGUGUAUUUAUGACCAUUGACUUACUUAAAGAAAGUCUGGAAUCCAAUGUCAACCCUUUCUUGUUAAGUACAUGAAAAAGAGCAACCUAGGACGAAUGCUAGUGUUUAUGGUCCUUUUAUAGAGUAAAAAACUAGUAUUUCCCUAAUCUAAAAAGUAUAUGCGUAAGAGACAAAAACCUCUACACAUAUGUUAUUUUGCAUGUACAAUUAGUCUUUUAUAGCGAUUCCAUAAAUUGAACUGUAAUGAUGUUAUUUGUGUUAAUUAUAUGGGUUAAUGUCACACUUUAACGGUCGAUACAUUAGAAUGGAACCUGAUACUCAC